AUGGCUACGCCAGCGACCCCGAAUCAGGAAGACACGCCGGAGCCAACUCCUCCGGUCACGGUCCGACCAGCAAGGACACGUCCUCGUCCGGGGCGCUUUCCUAAUCCGCGUCACCUCUUUGGUCAGGUCGAACCUCCCGACGUGCUCGAACCAUUGGGAUCAACGUCAACAUUACCUUCAACCACGCGACCGUUUUCCGCAGGCGCAUCGUCCUCAACAGAGUCAGACUCAAUCCCAGUGUCGGUCAUGGAGUUUUACAGUAACAAUGACGCUGCUGCCUCGCAACCAGCCGCCCAUGCGUGA